CCCGUCAUUCUUUGCUCGGCCGUUGUUCCAACCGCGGUAUUUUGAACGCGGCAGAAAUGGUGCCGGGAGGUCCUUCUUCGGGUCCGCAAGUGCGGCCGGGAUUCGAGGAGUUUCUGAAGGAGCACCGAGUCGCCACUUUCGACCACUGGCCCUUUACCUCCGGCUGCUCAUGCACUCCAGACCGGAUGGCAGAAGCUGGAUUUGUUCACUGUCCUACUGACAAUGCACCCGACGUGGCCCAGUGCUUCAUAUGUUUUAAGGAGCUGGAGGGAUGGGAGCCGGAUGAUGACCCUAUGGAAGAGCACCGGAAACACUCCCCCAAGUGUGCAUUUCUGGCUCUCCAGAAAGAUAUUAAGGACUUGACACUGCAAGAGUUUCAGAAACUUUGCAAAGAGAGAACGAAGGCCUUGAUCAGAAAGGAAAUUAACCAGAAAAUUAACGACGUGAAAAAACGUGCUGAGAAGACGCGUAAUGCAAUUGAAUUGCUGUCUAUGUAACGUUCCUAGUGUACUAUCUCCAUUGAACACAAUGGGGCUUUUUGUAUACAAUAUAAAUUUAAAUUAUAAAAAUGUAAUAUGAAUAGAAAGUGAAACUGGUUUGCAUUCUGCCGGGGGGGGGGGGGAGGCAUUCCCCAAUGUUAACAAAAUACCUUCUCUUUGGAACUGCUGUAUAUGAACAAAACAAACUGACCCCAAAUGCUCAAUUUCAGCUCCUCGGCGGACUUACACCCAGCAGCAGCAGCCCAACUACCUUUUUCUCUUUCAAACACCUACCCUUGUUCUGUUCCAACAGCCACUGAACAAAAUUUCGGGGUUUUGGGGGGGCAUUACGAUGAGAAAAAGCCCAUCAACCUCUCUCUGUUUACUCAGAAGCAAGUCCCAAGUGUGUCCUCCCUAAUAUGGUUAGGAUCGCGGUACAAUGCUGUGGUAGCUCCUGAGGCAGGGCUGUUUGGAACUUGUACAAGACCUGAAGGCUUCUUGUCUGCGUUCCUGCUUUCACACCUGUGGCUCUGGUCAAGUUGCACUUAAGGGCUGAAUGAAGAUAUCUGCAGUUCUCCACUGAUUUCUGUGCCUAAAGGCACAUUAGGACAAUAAUGCCAAACAUACAGAUUCACCAAGGUAGUCUGAUUUGACCAGAAUGCCAUAGUAAUGUUAAUGUCAUAGUAAAAAGCUCAGUGAAAACAUAAUUACUGUGAAUUAUUAGGAUGAGGCGGGGGCAGGGAGUACCAAAUAUAUAAAUCUAUGGUACGCAAAUCUGAAAAAGUUUUAACUCAGAAUGGUCAUGACAGAGAAGGUGCCUAAAAAGGAUGUGCAGUACAGUCCUACUGGUGUUUUUUGUUAUUAUUAUUCAUUUGAACUUAUUCCCCCAUAGGCACGAGAAUGAAAUACACCAAAAAUGCUGUGAUGAUAAUCCUAUGUUAUAUA